UGAGGAGCCCAUGGCUCUCUGUUGCACACUAUGUACUCCGUACGCCAGUUGCGCCGGAAGAGCUCCUACGAGCACCGGCUCGCACCGACGCCCGCGUGGCCCGGUAGCCGCGAUGCCACUCCCUUUCGCCUCCCCUGCCGUGGCGCCGGAACCCACCCGUCCCAGACGCCCGUGGGUGUGCCCUGCGCCCGCUCCAGACCUUGGCUCCGCACCGGCUCCAGCCGGAGUGGUUCAGGUACAUUGUGGGCGUGGCUUCUCAGCACGGCGACCCGGGUCACUCUACUUGAUGCGGUUGUGCGCGGCGGGCGGGCUGCCCAGCCUGGUGGGGACUGGAGAUCUCCAUGUGCGCUCAUCAUGGGCUUCUGCCGUCACACCUUCCUACCGGUACCUAGGGCAGGCCGCUCAGGACAACCACAUCGCGGGACCCCACCGCUGACAGCGUGGUUGUCGGCGUGGCUCGUCCCUGGAUCAGGGUCCCGACAUCCUCGCGCGUGUAGAUUCACGA